CUAAUUAGUAGAGAAGUUGUGUGUUUUUCAAGCGGCAUUUGUCUUGUGUUUUCCCUAUUUUCUUGUGCGUUUUCCGCCGCAAAACCCACUCACAAUGUCGUAUUCAACGUCCAUAAAGCAAAUUUUCUCAAAAAAUGUGCGAUACAAGAUUGAUUUGAUGGAGUGGAACAAUAAAAUGGACCUCAUUGCACUAAGUCAAAACAAUGAAGUCCUGAUUCAUCGUCUCAAUUGGCAGAACAUCUGGACGCAUCCAUCUCCUGGGGAUUCAUCAAAGGUCAAAGGGAUUUGCUGGUGUCCGGAUGAAAAAAUCAUUGCCAUAGGUUACAGUUCUGGAAAAGUAAUUCUCCUUGAUGUGGAGAGUAAGGAGGAAAUCUUCAGUUUUCAACUGGACGGCGACAUAGUUUCCAUGUGCUGGACUCAACAGCACAUCAAACCCACGUCCGGGAGUGAUCCAGAUAUCACCGUGGAGCCAGAUGAUGACGGAGUUUUCCUUCCGCGAUUGCCCAGCUUGAACAAUGUCAGUCCCACAUCCAAGAAGAGGGAAUAUGUGAGCCGAGCAGAGGCGAAAACAUCCCUAAACUUCCUGAUUGUGGGUCUCCGGACAGGAUUUGUUCAUCUCUCGGUCUUUGGAAUGCUGCCUUGUGGCACAGUGUGUCUGGGGAAGCACAUAAAGGGUGAGUUUAGGGUGAUUGACGCUCGUGUGAGCUCGGAUUUUGGCUUCCUGCACGUCACUGUGGCCACUCACGAGGCUCUGCACGAGAUGAUCUUCGAGAACAGCGCACUGCCACAGCUUCUAGACUCGCUAUUGCGAGUGGCAACGAAGCACGGCCAGAUAUUGACAACCAUGUCGUACAUUGAGGACGUCAUGAUGGGGAUUAGAGAGGCCUGGGAGACAGUUCUACUGGAAAUGGACAACAAACUCACCGGCUACUCGAAUCUCUGCCCCAAAGGCUCAGUUUCGGCGGAUUUCCUCGAAUUGCUGGUCCUGGGAACGCCCACACCCACGUUGGAGACCUUCUUGAGGCGGGAAUUGCCGGAAAAGGGGCUUAAGAGAUUAGGAAAUUCCAUCGAGAUGAGCUACUCUACCAUCCAGAAGCUCCUGGUGCAGCCUCUGGACACCGCCAUUAUGGCGAUUUGCUACCAUCUGAACAGCGUGCGAGGCAUGAGUCGCGACAAGUACCACUUCGACGGGCUGCUGACGGAGGACGUGGUCACUGAGGCGUGCCACAAGGCCGGACAGUUUAUGAUGAAGGCCUUUGAGCUGCAGCAGACAAUCGAUCAGUCCACGAGGGACUACAAGAUCUUCUUCCGGUGGCUGUACGUCGUCAUUAUUCAGCUGAUGAACGAAAGAGUGCCAGAAGAUGUGGCUUCGAUAACUCAGCAAGAGAUAAACUACUUGGCAGAGUUCCUCAGCAAUCUGGACGACGAUGAGGACGGCGAGAGCAUCACUAGUGAGCGGAAGUUCAAUCUAGAGCGUGUUGGGCAGUAUCUGGAGGACAGGGACUUGAUAGUGCUGCCCAAGAAGGGUUCCCUUUCGCAAUGGGAAGCAUUCUUGGAUGAGAAUCCAACACUGAAAGACAGUGAGACGAUUUACAAGCACGACCGACAGGCGUCCCUUGUCCAGGUGCACAACAGACUCCGUCAGGCGGUGGAGAAUGUCUUCAGACAGCCGGAGAGCAUUAUUGGGCAGAACUACAAGCUGAGGAAUGUGAUUCAGUUGGCUGAGAACAUGGACAAUCCCGUGCAUUGCACGCAUAUCAGUCUCUCCGACGGCUCUGGGGAUCUCUUCGCCUUCCUGGUGUCUGAGAAUCUGCUGAUCUUCCUGGAGGCCGACAAGAAUCACAUGAUCAAGUGUCUUCGGCUGGAGUUCCAGACCAAGCCCUACUUCGACACGAAGUACGGCCAGUUUGGCGACUUGUCCUUCCGGCAUCUGCAGUUCUACAGCGAGAACAUCUUGUCGCUGCUGCUGAACAAUCGCACGGACGCGGAGUGCGGAGGAUGCUUCGUGCAGAUGCCGGUGGUGAUUCUGCGGCAGAAGGCCACUUUGGUGGACGUGGCGGAGUUCAUUGAUGUCUCAGCGGCGGGGAAUGUUAUGAAUCUCUACACACUCCUAGACGUGAACUACGUGAAGGUGAUUGAGGGCAGUGAUUGGCACACGAUCGCUGUGUCCGGGAACAGAAAAGUCACGUCAAUUUUAUCUGAGAAUGGGAAGAAGAUCAAGAUCUAUGAGACAGAGGCUGCAGAUGAGGAUGAGGAUGAAAUGGAUUUGUCCCAGAGCACAAAUAUGGACAAUAGCAAGGAAUCCAAUCAGUAAAUAUAU